AUGGAUAGGUCUAGAAAAGAUUGGUUAACCAAAUUUGAUGAUGCUUUAUGGGCCUACCACACCGCAUUCAAAACUUCAAUUGGCACCACACCGUACAAGCUUGUUUAUGGGAAGUCAUUCCAUUUGCAAGUAGAACUUGAGCAUCGUGCUCAUUGGGCUAUCAAAACAUUUAAUUUUCACCUUCUAAGUGCCAGUGAAAAGAGUUUUCUUGACCUCCAUGCCUUGGAAGAAUUAAGGUUGGAUGCAUAUGAGAGUGCACGGAUCUACAAAGAAAAGACCAAGGCUUGGCAUGACAAGCAUAUUAGCAAAAGGGAGUUUAAAGAAGGUGACAAGGUCCUACUAUUCAAUUCCCGGUUGAAUUUGUUUCCGGGUAAGCUUAAGUCAAGAUGGAGAGGACCUUUUACCGUUAAGAAGGUGUUUCCAUAUGGUGCAAUUGAAAUCUCAAAUGACAAUGGUGAACCAUUCAAGGUGAAUGGCCAAAGAGUUAAGGCAUACUUUGACGGUUUUGUGCAUGAAGAAGCCAAGGUUGUUCACCUUGAUGAGUUUAAUGUUCCUUACUCUCAAUGA